GAGGAGUGACAAUGGACAGGGAACCAGUGUAUGGUGGACUAGAUGAUGGCCAGGUUGAGGCUCUGCUACCCGACUGUGACACCUGUGUAGCCGUAGAAAUCGCCACAAUCAUCAACCCUGCCCACUUUUACAUCAUUUUGCCCUGGGGAAAAAGGACUCUGGACACACUACUUGAUCCUAGAUCCACUGAUCCUGGAGAAGAUGACGAGACAUUAGAUGAGCUAGUAACAUCACUGCAGAGACGCUAUGGAAACAUGACAUUUCCACAGAGGACAUUAGUACAUUAUGCAGAGGGUGAGCUAGUGGUAGCUCGCUUUGCGCAAGAUGGACGCUGGUAUCGCGCCAAAGUCCUCUGUUCCGAUGACAGAGAGCGAAAUACAAGGAUUCAGGUGUUCUACGUGGAUUUCGGGAACAAGGAAUGGGUAUCAGAGCGAGAUAUAAAACCCAUGGAACCUCAGUUUCUACAUUUACCUUUCCAAGCCAUUGAAUGUUUCCUUGUAGACAUAGAACCAACUGGUCAUGCAGAUCAUUUCUCACAGAAAGCCAAGAAAAUGUUUCAAGAAAUGACUGACGGCAAGACUCUGGUAGCUUACGUCAAAUCUAGGUCAUGGAGUGGCUGUUUGUACAUAGACCUGUUUGACACAAGUGGAGAGGAAGAUAUCAAUAUUGGCAAGGUGCUCAUUGCUCAGGGCCAAGCCCAGGUACCCAGGCCCCAUUCGGAAACAAGCCUGACAAGUCGGUCGGGCAGUGAGGGCUCCCUUCUCCUCAUUCCUGGCUGAGACAAGACAGUCUGGUAGUGAAGGCUUCCUUCUCUUCAUUCCUGGCUGAGACGAGCGGUCUUGUACUGACUUGUAGUGAAGGCUUCCUUCUCAUUUCAUGCUUAGACAAGUCAGUCAGUGAGGAUUCCCUUCUCUUCAUUCCUGGCUGAUUCUGUCCUCACUGAAGAUUUGGUUCAAAUACUCAAGACUGUUGAAUUCUGUGAUUCUUGGAUUUGUGAUCUGUUGUAUCAAUAUGAUGACUUCCCCCGUCAUCAUUGAUAUUUAUAAUGAUCUUAUAUUGAAUAUCAAUGUCAAAUUGUUAUAACCCAAUACAUGUACCUUUUACGUAGUCUUUUUGAUGUAAUCAACAUAUGAUGGUGCUUGAUCUUGUCUAAUGGUGCUGUAUUUCACUGUCAUGCUGAUAUCGUAAUGUCCCAAUAGUUUGGACACAAUUGAAUGACAUAUUUAAUGUGAGGUGGGUAGGGAGUGUGGGUAAAAUUGAUUUCAUACUUAUUUACAGAACAAGGCUAGGUACUUGAUUGGUAGUCGCGAUUCCAACUUUUUUCACUUCUAAAUUUUUUUGGAAAAUUUUUGAAAGUUCAUUUAAUAAUAAAUGUAUCAAUUUAUAUGAAUAAGGUUAUGAAUUUCUGAUGUCAAACACUUGAUCCUGUGUUAAAGCCAUGGAAACCAUUAUCUCCCGAGGUUGUACAAUUUCCUGUUGUAAAACACUCAAUCUUUUGUAGGACUUAUCAUACCUGGAGUUUUAAUUCCUGUUGUACGACACUCAAUCUUUUGUAGGACUCAUUAUCAUACCUGGGAUUUUAAUUCCUGUUGUACAACACUCAAUCUUUUGUAGGACUCAUUAUCAUACCUGGAGUUUUAAUUCCUGUUGUACAACACUCAAUCUUUUGUAGGACUCAUUAUCAUACCUGGAGUUUUAAUUCCUGUUGUACAACACUCAAUCUUUUGUAGGACUCAUUAUCAUACCUGGAGUUUUAAUUCCUGUUGUACAACACUCAAUCUUCUGUAGGACUUAAUCAUACCUGGGGGUUUAAUUCCUGUUGUACAACACUCAAUCUUUUGUAGGACUUAUCAUACCUGGAGUUUUAAUUCCUGUUGUACAACACUCAAUCUUUUGUAGGACUUAUCAUACCUGGAGUUUUAAUUCCUGUUGUACAACACUCAAUCUUUUGUAGGACUUAAUCAUACCUGGGGGGUUUAAUUCCUGUUGUACAACACUCAAUCUUUUGUAGGACUUAUCAUACCUGGAGUUUUAAUUCCUGUUGUACAACACUCAAUCUUUUGUAGGACUUUUCAUACCUGGAGUUUUAAUUCCUGUUGUACGACACUCAAUCUUUUGUAGGACUUAAUCAUACCUGGAGUUUUAAUUCCUGUUGUACAACACUCAAUCUUCUGUAGGACUUAAUCAUACCUGGGGGGUUUUAAUUCCUGUUGUACAACACUCAAUCUUUUGUAGGACUCAUUAUCAUACCUGGAGUUUUAAUUCCUGUUGUACGACACUCAAUCUUUUGUAGCACUUAAUCAUACCUGGAGUUUUAAUUCCUGUUGUACAACACUCAAUCUUCUGUAGGACUUAAUCAUACCUGGGGGGUUUUAAUUCCUGUCUUUUGUAGAACUUACAUCUUAUAUUAUUCCUGGUGACUUAUACCUAUUUAAUUCCUGUUGUCAAACAUAUUUGUGGAACGAGAAACACAAAUACCAUGAUCUGAAUAUCUGCUAUCCAUUAAUUAACCUUCUGCCAAACAAUAGCAUGAAAUUCUUUAAUACAAUAAUGCUGUUUCAAAUAA